CCCUAUGCCGUCUCUCCGGUCCCCGGGACUUCUCACCCCACCCACCGAGGGACCCCGAGACCCCCGGCGCCUCUCCCCGACCCUCCCGGCUUCCCAAGCCCCUUGCCCGGGCUCAGACCUCCCCGCUGCUACGCGAUAUCCUGACUGGGCCUCUUACAAGCUGGGGAUCUUCAUCUGUCUCCACUGCUCCGGCGUCCACCGCAACUUCCCUGACAUCAGCAAAGUCAAAUCUGUGAGGCUUGACUUCUGGGACGACAGCCUCGUGGAGUUUAUGAGCCACAAUGGAAACCUCCGUGUGAAGGCCAAGUUUGAAGCCAGAGUCCCAGCUUUCUACUACAUCCCCCAGGCCAAUGAUUGCUUGGUCUUAAAGGAGCAAUGGAUUCGAGCUAAGUAUGAGAGACAGGAGUUUAUAGCUGAUGGGAAAACUGUCUCCCUGCCAGGUAAUCGUGAAGGAAUCCUGUGGAAGCGGGGAAGGGACAACGGACAGUAUCUAAGGAGGAGGUUUGUCCUGCUGGCGGGAGAAGGCCUCCUCAAGUACUACAUCAAGGACCAGGAUAAAGGCCCCAAAGCUGUCAUCAGCAUCAAGGACUUGAAUGCCACUUUUCAAACAGAGAAGAUAGGGCACCCCCACGGGCUGCAGAUCACCUACAGGACCGAGAACCACACCCGGAACCUGUUCCUGUACCAUGAGAGCGGGAAGGAGAUUGUGGACUGGUUCAACGCCCUCCGAGCAGCCCGUCUACAAUAUCUAAAAAUGGCCUUUCCUGACCUCCCGGAGGCUGAGCUCGUGCCCUUCAUCACCAGGAACUAUCUCAAACAAGGCUUCAUGGAAAAGACUGGUCCAAAGCAGAAAGAACCUUUCAAGAAAAGAUGGUUUGCCCUGGAUCCCCAGGAGCGGAGGCUGCUGUAUUAUAAGAACCCCCUGGAUGCUUUCGAGCAGGGCCAGGUUUUUCUCGGGAGCAAGGAGCAAGGAUAUGAAGUACACGAAGACCUGCCCAAGGGCGUCCGGGGGAACCGCUGGAAGGCUGGCCUCACCAUCGUCACCCCGCAAAGGAGAUUCAUCCUCACCUGCCCCAGUGAGAAGGAGCAGCACGAGUGGCUGGAGAGUCUGCGGGAAGUCCUGUCCCGCCCCUUGACGCCCCUCCCCCUCCCGGGUGCACCCACAGAAACUGCGCAGAGCGACAGGUGACCCUCAGUGGAGGAGCUGUUCAGCCACCUGUGCGAAGAAGUCCUUUCUCCAUCCCUCAUGCCCAGCAGGAGUGCCCUAAAGCCUGCAGCUACCCCAUCAGUGAACUGUGCCCAGACUGAAGCUGUGAUUCGUUUUUCUGCUCCCUGGGCCUUCCGCUCAGCCCGGUUUCAGGGAGCUAAGGCUCCAGGACUGAGAUGCACACCUUCCCCCUCCCCUCAACACAGGCAGGCGUGAGGUAUGGAAGGCCCAGGACUUCCUCAAACCUGGAAUGGGCGCAGUGAAAUAAACAGGCAUCCACAGCACUGUGCAAGUGGCCGUACAUACUCCCUCAAAAAAGUAAGCGUUUAAUUUGAAUCUAACUGUGAAGAAUAUAGACAAAUUUAAAUUUACAUUAGGCCAUUCUGAUGAACAACUAGCCUGGAUUCUUCAAAGAUACAGCCUGGAAAUUUUAGAUUUAGGGGCCAAACAAGUGGCAAUCAAAUGCAAUUCAUGGGCGGGUGAGAUAGCUCAGUGGUCUAAAGUGCCUGCUUAGACAAGCAUGCGGGGACCUCAGUUCCAUCCCCAG